AGCUGUGCAAAUCUGUUUUGCUGCUUCACGCCGACGACCCCUGCUAUUGGUUACCCUGCACUUCACAACGUCAUGGUCGACUCUGCAGUCGUACUGUAUGUAUGUAUGACUAAUCUACCGUAUCUCCAUUGAUCGGUCUCGGACUUCGACGUGUCGGAACACGUGGUAGGUCAGACAGUGUUCCACUUCAGUGUGUACAUAUAUUUCUCUGGGCCGUGACGAAGGUCACGAGGGGCCGGUAUGGAUAAAACUGUCUUCAACUCCUCCACACCACGUGAGAUACAGUUAAAAGGUCUGAAGCCAUUCGACCAGAGCUCUCACACUGUGCAACAUGACCCAAUUUUCGUGAGAUGUGUUGAUCGUUUGUGAUAUGAUAACAGUGAUUCUGAGGUGAAAUUGUAGGUCGCGAAGCGAUGUCAUUGACUAAUAAUAGCAAGCUGCAUCCCCCAUGUGUUUGAAAACACCACGACACAACGACGUGACAGCGAGCGUGACAGGUGUUUGUACAUCGCCAACAGCUCUGUGUCUGGCAUUCAUAGGACAAGCGUAACAAUGGCGUUCAAAUAUCGACCUGAUCAAAUCGACUGCGGCUGGGCGUGGGUAAUCGUGGCCGCCUCUUUUUUCGCCCACUUCAUCUGUUUUGGCAUCUCAUGGACUACGGGGAUAUAUCACGUGAUCUUCCUGGAGGAAUUCCAAGCGUCGCAAGCAGUCACAGCAUGGGCGUGUUCGCUAAUGCCUGCAUCGAUGUUCGCGGCAGGUCCUAUUGCCAGUUUACUCCUCAACAAACUCGGAUGUCGAGUAACCAUGGUUGUAGGAGGUCUGACGUCAUCAAGCGGACUCAUACUGAGUUACUUUGCCCCAAACAUCAUUGUCCUGUAUUUGACCUUCGGCGUCAUUGCUGGUGUCGGGUUCGGCAUUGCCCACCUCGCCGCCAUCUCCUCCGUUACCUAUUACUUUGAACGACGUCGCAACAUGGCAACAGGGAUGGCCGUCAUGGGCGUUGGCGUUGGCACGAUAGCGUUCCCCCCUCUCAUCCGCAUCUUGGUCGAGGACUUCACCUGGAAGGGCUCUAUGCUGAUACUAGCAGGCUUGUGUCUAAACCUCUGCGUCUGCGCAGGGCUCAUGCGACCGAUCAAAAGACCGGAACUGCGCUCGGUGUCCCGAAAUGUAAUGGACACAAGCAUAUUCCGAAAGCCAUGUUACUGGAUGGCGUGUCUUAACAGCUUCCUAGUGUGUGUGGGUUUGUCUAUAACAUACAUCCACAUAGCAGCAUAUGCCGAGAACGUUGGACUUGGAACAGAGAAGAGCACACUGUUGAUAUCAGGGAUAGGCUUUGCUAACGUGUUUGGUCGGCUCGCCAUGGGACUUCUUGCACAACACCCUAAAAUGAACCUUAUACUUUUGUACCUCGUAUCGUUUAUCAUAGCCGGUGUUGCUGUUACCUUGACUCCCAUGGCCAAGACGUGGGACGGACUGAUAGCGAUAGCAGCUGUGUUCGGGUGUUUCACUGCCGGGAUUGGAACCUUGUUUGCACCUAUACUAGCUCGGAUCUUAGGGUUGAGGCGGUUCGCUACUGGAUAUGGAUGUCUGGCUCUUAUCAACGGGUUUGGACAGAUGAUUGGUGGUCCCUUAGCCGGUCUCCUCCAUGACAUGACCGGAAACUACCUUGCUUCCUUCCUCACCGGGGUAUCACCCUCAUUCUCAGCUCUUUCUUCAUGAUCGUCCCCCUGAGAUACAAAGACGUUGCCCUCAACACUGGCGUCUCCAUCAGGGUCAACUGUAGACCAAGCAGCGCCGCAUCACCACUCACUGCCCCCGUCGUCACUGACAUUGACGACGACGACGGUAACAUUGGGAAGGAAAAUGAAGAAAAUGCAUCAACUGUCUGAAAGGGACAUUUUUUGUUGCCAAUGUUGAUCAGCUGAAUAGUUGGUUGUGUGUCUGCGUGUGGGUGCGAGUGUGUAUGUAUGUAUGCGUAUGAUGGUUUUCUCUGCUUCGAAUUUAAACAUUCCAUCAGGACGUGUUUCCAUGACAACAAAACCUUAAACACUUUGCAGAAACUUGUUCUUACAGAACACGAUUAUAAUACCAUAGAAUCUAGGAUUCGAACCCAUGACCUGCACCGUGAACCACUGAGCUAUAGUAAUUAUGUGAUAUGACCUUAUAAGAAACUCCUUACUAUCUGUGGCCUUAACAUUGUGAUAACAAUUACCUUCAGUGCCCGCCAAAAGAAACACUGUACAGAACAUGCCGUUCGGGUAAUCUCUGACGUCGUCCGAUGCAAGGAUGGGUGGUUCACCUAAAUGCUAAUGGUUCGUUUAUAUCGAAUUGUAACAUUGUCUCAGAAUAUGUUGUCCAAGCCGUUACAGUCUGUUGGUGUCAACAUUAUCCCUUUCAUAUAUCUAUGUUAUGUCAUUUGUUAAUGUAUGCACAUAUAACAUGAACAAAUAUUUCUUUAACAAAUCACAAAAUACAGACAGUAGUUGUUUAUUAGUUUCAGUUAUAUUUUAGGGAAUCUCCUUUUACUGUCAAUGCCUAAAUAUAGAGUUUACAAUCACUUUUACUACUGUAACACAUAUUAUGAAGUAAUUCACAAACUAAUUACUUGGCACGAAUUGUUAUCCUACAGUUUUAUCAUGAGGGAGGACACUCCUGUUGUAAGUUGUGGAACUUCUUCAUGAAGUGGUAUUAAUACAAAGAAAUUGUUUGAUUUCACUGCAGACGCAUUGGCAGGUUAUUGCUCUGUCCACGUGCAUUUAUUUUCACCUUUUGUUUCGUUUACCCUAUUAAAUGCGAUAUAUGUCCCCUCAGUGAGUAAGUAGGAUUACGCCGCCCUAUGCAAUAUUGAUGUUAUAUCAGAGCAGUGGACACCUGGUAGGGGCUUCAGACUUUAUCACAAUACUGAAAAUUGAAUCCGCUGCCACUUGCAUAAAGCGAUCGAAGCGAUAAGCCUGCCUGAGUUCUAUGUGGGAUAGCAGGAGAUGGGAUCAUCGUAGAACUUAGACCGCUUUUUGCAAGUGGACACAGAUAUCGGGCCGACACCCGAAAGCUUUAAAUUUAACCUUGAGUGCGUAACUGUGUGCGUGAGACAGGGUUUCAUCGAAUAUGGAACGACUCGGUAUCCAAUUCGUAAAAGGUCAUUGAGAACACUAUGACACGAUAUUUGUCUCUUUUUAAGUAUACUAUAUUAUAUAUUAUUUUCUUACGUUCUUUACAUGAAAUUGUUCUCUUGUUGUUCAUUUUGAAACAAUGCCAAUUAAAAAAUGAAAUUUGCUGUA